GAUGCUAAUUUGGUUAUUUUAUUUGACUAUAGAAAUAGCAACUACUAUAUAUAGAGGGUUCGUGACGAACAAGUACUUAGGCCUACCAAGCUCUACACUAUCAAUAAUUAGUUUUCUAGCUUAUCCAAAUAGUACGCCGUAGGACAAUUCCGGCCCGAGCCCAUCAAUGCAAUAUGAUCAAUAGCAACACCCGUACCCGGAGGCUGGCAGCCAAAGCAUGGAUUAGUGAGCAUUAUAAAGAGACCAGCGGGGGCUUUCGAGAAACGGAGUGGCAUGGCGUUUCAUUGCAUGGCUCAUAGCAUUAGUACUCGCGCUUUCGGCUUAAAACCUAUGCUCCUAGCUCCCGCUAGUGAUACGAGCUCUCUUGGCGUAUUAGCGAUGGAUAUUUACCUACCAAUAUACUCCAUAUCCAAAAUCAUGGCUAUUCCCAUUUACAGUUUAAACGGAUAAGAAAACCAUCAUGAAUUGGAUUCGGAAAAGUGUAGGAACGGCCCUGGUGGUUGUUGGUGGAGGCGGCGUCUACUUGACUAUGACGACGAACUUAAUAUCAAAACUACCGGCAGACGACGAUAUAUGGACCAGCAAGAGUUUCGUUCAUUUGAAUCGUCAUCGUAACCCGACGAUUCAGGAUUACGCUUGGAAGCGCCUGCCUCUAUCCAAAGUCAGACCUGAUCUUGGAGACGACGAAGAAGCUAUAGCAACUGAGUUUUGUCGUGGGGUGUGGGCUGGAUGCGCAUACAUACCACAGCGCAUUCUCACGACGCUUUCUUUAAAAGGUCCCAAGACGAAAGACCAACUCUUCGACCAACAACAAUUGGCGUCGUCUAAAUAUGAGCUCGGGACACGCUUUUCAGACCAGUUCGAGGUAGUGGAGAGGACAAGCAAUUCUGUCACAAUAAGAGCGGCAGGGUCACCACUCGAGCCCGGUCCACGCGAAUUCGACGGGAUACUCAUUUUGACUGCUAAAGUGAAUAGAGAAGACAGAACGGUUGAAGUCGGUAUAAAGACGGCAUUCUUCAAUAGCGUAGCGCCCGUACGCGAUGGGAAAAUGCCAUCGCCUUUUGUUGUUGAAUUGCUUCAUCGAUACUAUGCCCGGGCGCUGGUGGACAGCGGAGCACGAAGACUGACACGAUCAAGUCCGUGACAUCCCUGAAAUUUUAUAAGUUCUGAAUGGACAACUCGCUUACAUCGUGUAUGAAGUACUGUAUAACGAAAUUCUCAACUCAGCUUUUUGAAUGAAAAUAUAUAGAAAGGGGUAAAUGAUGAUUAGAUGACUGAAAUAAUAUUAUGGCAAAACAGACAUGAGAGAAAGGUGUUAAGGCU